UGAACAUCUCCAAACCUCUCGCCGCAAAAACUUCCUCCACGCGCAACGUCCCACACACCGCUUUACUCCCCAAUCAAGACUCUCGCAUCGCCCGCGCAUGCUUACACCCACAAUGGCAACCCCCAACGCCCCCACCGGCAUCCUCACGCCCGACCAGCGCAUCGCUCUCGAGCAGCAAGAACGCUACAACCGCUACAAACGCAACAUCGCCAUCGGCGGCGUCCUCAUCUGCCCCACAAUCGCGCUGCUGCCCCCGCGCAAACUCGACCUAUACACCUUCUCCCUCGCCAUCGGCUUCUACCUCUCUGCCGACCACCUCGCAGAGUCGUACAAAGGACGUUCCCUGCUCUCCCUCAUGACGCCCUCCUUCCGCAACCCGGUCAGCUCGCUCCCCACUGACAAGGCGCGCGAAACAAGCCGGAUAUUGAAGGAGCGGGAAGAAGCUGAGCGCGCGAGGCGGGAGGGGUUGGAGGGGUUGGGCAAGGAGAGGGAGAAGGAGAAGAAGGGUCUUCUGGGAAAGAUUUGGAUGGGCGGGGAGGAGGAGGGGUGGAAACAGAGGAGGCUGGAGGAAGAGCGAAAGGCGCUUGAGGAGGGGAAGAGUUAUACGGAUCUUAUUUUGGAGCAGAUUUGGGAGGUGUGGAAUUGGGAUAAGAAGAAGGGGGAGGAUGGGAAGGCUGAGGGAGAGAAGAAAGAGUGAUGGUGCGGUUGCGGAUGGCUGUAUGAUUAUUUUGGUGUAGGACUAGGGUAGAGAUGCAGCAUCUACUGGCGUUUGGGAUGCAUUGGGUUGGUGGUGGGAGUCGUCUUUGACGUAGUCCAAACAGAUACAUGGUCAAGCGACACGGUCGAGGCAAGAAUCUGUCAAUGUAAUAUGUAAAUUGACUCCAAAAUGCUGAUCUUGAAUGUGUAGUCCUGCCUCACGCUGGCAGCAUCUUCAAAGAUGCCUUGGACGUACUU